CGCUUCGUACGCCUGUGAUCAUUAUGAGAUGUCUGUGAUUUGUGUAGAUCAGCUAUGCACGUCGCAAACAGAAAUGGUCUGUGGAUCCCCGGAACAGUGCUUGGAGUAAAGAUGAAUCAAAAUUUGGCCAGAAAAUGUUGGAAAAAAUGGGAUGGUCAAAGGGCAAGGGGCUUGGGGCUCAAGAACAAGGCAACACAGAGCAUAUUACUGUUCAGGUGAAGAACAACACAUUGGGAUUGGGAGCUUCGGUGAGCCAGGAGGACAACUGGAUUGCUCACCAAGAUGAUUUCAACCAGCUUUUGGCAGAAUUGAAUAAUUGUUAUGCACAAGAUGAUCCAGAAUCUACUUGCAAAGAUAAAAAGAAAACUUUUAACCUUGAGGAAAAAUCCAAGACCUCUAAAAAACGAGUUCACUAUGUGAAAUUUGCCAAAGGAAAAGAUCUCUCUUCACGAAGUGAAGAUGACCUAUCCUGUAUUUUUGGGAAGCGCAAAAUCAAAAAAAUGCAAGUUGCUGCUGCUGGCACAGGCUCUCCAGUGGAAGAUUCAAAAGAAGCAAUUGUGCCAUCUGACCAAGUAGAUAAGAGCAAUACUGUAACCAGCACUCUUACCGUGCAGGAAUAUUUUGCCAUGUGCAUGACAAAACUGAAGAAAACUCAACAUCACAUCACACUAGAGUCAGCUAAUUCUCCUCUAGUGAUGGCUGAGAAGUUGGAGUGUUUGGAAUCCCAGACAAAGAAGAAAAAAAGACACAAACAUGCACAGGAUGAGGCUGGAGAACCAAAAAUUAUCUGCACUGGGAUACUAGGUUCAAGCAAAGAUGAAAUGGACACCCAAAAGAAGAAAAAGAAAAAGAAAUCUAAGCAUCGGGAAACUAGCAGUGGUCUUAUUUAUAAUGAAUCUCAAAGUGGUUCUCAAAAGGCAGGACAAUGUUCCUUUGACAUAUCUAAGGAUGAUAAUGAUUUAGGAGAGCAAAAAUCAAAGAGAAGGAAAAAGAGCAAAAAAUAGUAGACUGGGAUGUAACUGAAGAUGUUGAAUGAAUAAAGCUGAAGAAGAAAUAUUCCAGCUAAUAUAAAUCUGCAUGUUUAACUUCAGUGAAAUAUACUUAGAUUUCCACAUUUACCCAAAUAAAUAUACAAUAUUUUAUAAAUCA